UAUUCCCAUCACUAAGCGGCCGCCGCAGAAGCGAAAACUUACCGGAGAUUUUUGCAGUUUUAUUAAUUAUAUUUGUUGUUUUGACGGUGGAAUUACCAAAAGCCUAGCAAAAUGCCGCGUAUUAUGAUUAAAGGCGGCGUUUGGCGCAAUACGGAAGAUGAGAUUCUGAAGGCGGCUGUCAUGAAAUAUGGCAAAAACCAGUGGAGUCGUAUUGCCUCUCUGCUGCAUCGCAAGUCGGCCAAGCAAUGUAAAGCCCGAUGGUAUGAGUGGUUGGAUCCCAGCAUCAAGAAAACCGAGUGGUCACGAGAGGAGGAUGAGAAGUUGUUGCACUUGGCCAAGCUAAUGCCGACGCAAUGGCGGACAAUAGCACCGAUCAUUGGACGCACGGCAGCACAGUGUCUAGAACGUUAUGAGUAUUUGCUUGACCAGGCCCAACGCAAAGAAGAUGGCGAGGAUGGCAUGGAUGAUCCACGUAAAUUGAAACCCGGUGAAAUUGAUCCGAAUCCGGAAACCAAACCAGCUCGUCCCGAUCCCAAGGACAUGGAUGAAGAUGAACUUGAAAUGCUCUCGGAAGCUCGAGCUCGUUUGGCCAAUACACAGGGUAAAAAGGCAAAGCGUAAAGCUCGCGAAAAGCAACUGGAAGAGGCUCGCCGUCUGGCCACACUUCAGAAGCGGAGGGAAUUGCGAGCCGCUGGUAUUGGUAGCGGAAAUCGCAAACGGAUCAAGGGUAUCGACUAUAAUGCAGAGAUCCCCUUUGAAAAGAGACCUGCGCACGGUUUUUAUGACACAUCCGAGGAGCAUUUGCAGAAAAAAGAUCCAGAUUUUAAUAAGAUGCGUCAACAGGAUCUUGAUGGUGAGCUCCGCUCAGAAAAGGAGGAACGGGAACGCAAGAAAGACAAACAGAAGCUAAAACAGCGUAAGGAAAACGAAGUUCCCACAGCUAUGCUGCAGAAUAUGGAACCAGAACGUAAGCGUUCCAAAUUAGUGUUGCCAACACCACAGAUCUCCGAUCUGGAGUUACAGCAAGUGGUGAAAAUGGGCCGAGCAAGUGAAAUGGCCAAGGAGAUUGCCGGGGAAAGUGGAAUAGAGACUACUGAUGCCUUGCUGGCUGAUUAUUCCAUUACACCCCAAGCAGUUGGGGCGACUCCCAGGACGCCUGCCCCCUAUACAGACCGCAUUAUGCAAGAAGCUCAGAAUAUGAUGGCCCUGACACAUACAGAGACACCACUGAAGGGUGGUCUAAAUACACCACUUCAUGAAUCCGAUUUCUCGGGAGUGCUGCCCAAGGCGGCAGCCAUAGCCACACCAAAUACGGUUAUAGCCACACCCUUUCGCACACAACGAGAGGGCGGCGGUGCCACUCCGGGAGGGUUUCUUACACCAGCAUCGGGGGCAUUGGUGCCCGUUGCGGGCAAAACAGGAGCAGCUGCUACGCCCGCCCAUGUCCGAGAUAAACUCAGCAUCAAUCCAGAGGAAAGCAUGGGUGUUACAGAGACACCAGCUCUGUAUAAGAACUAUCAGAAGCAGCUGAAAUCGACAUUACGUGACGGCUUGUCCACAUUGCCUACGCCUCGCAAUGAUUACGAAAUCGUGGUGCCCGAACAGGAUGAUAGCGAACCUAUGGAGACGAGCCAAGAGCCAGCAAUUGAGGAUCAGGCGGAUGUUGAUGCCCGCAUAUUGGCCGAGCAGGAGGAAAAGCGUAAACGAGAGCUAGAGAAACGUUCACAGGUCAUCCAGCGCAGUCUGCCCCGUCCCACAGAGGUAAACACAAAAAUUCUACGACCACAGUCGGAGAAGCAGAACCUAACGGAGCAACAGCAGGCGGAGGAGCUGAUCAAACACGAAAUGAUCACAAUGCAGUUAUAUGACUCCGUAAAAGAUCCGGUGCCCGGACAAUCCCAACAUAAAUUGGAACAACUUCAGAGCUACUUCAAAGCGAAUCCUUAUGAAGAGAUUUCUCCACAGGAUCUGGCGCAGGCGAAACAAAUGCUAGCUGAUGAAAUGGAUGUGGUCAAGGAGCGUAUGUCUCACGGCGAAUUGCCGCUGGAUGUCUAUGCCCAAGUGUGGCAAGAGUGUUUGGGUCAAGUGCUCUAUCUGCCCUCACAGCAUCGGUAUACCAGAGCGAAUCUGGCAAGCAAGAAAGAUCGCCUGGAAUCAGCCGAGAAACGCCUGGAACAAAAUCGUCGUCACAUGGCCAAGCAGGCCAAACACUGCGGCAAGAUUGAAAAGAAACUGAAGAUUAUUACUGGUGGCUAUCAGGCCCGUGCCCAAGUCCUGAUCAAACAGCUGCAGGAUACCUACGCCCAAAUUGAACAGAAUACAAUUUCACUGUCGACAUUCCGAUUUCUUGGCGAGCAGGAAGCUAUCGCCGUGCCAAAGCGUUUGGAAUCCCUUCAAGAGGAUGUGCGUCGUCAAAUGGAUCGUGAGAAGGAAUUGCAGCUGAAAUAUGCCAGCCUUAUCGAUGAACGUGACUCGCUCUACAAUCAAAUUGAGCAAAUUACCGGUGUUCGACCCACGGCACAGCAACUAAUCGGUCCCGAUAACACGGAGGUGGACGAUCAUGAAUAAUAUAUAUAAAUAUCAAUAAUGGAAUUAUGUUACUUUGACCGAAUUAAACUAAAAUAGAUUUUACAACUGUACAAAGUUUCAAAGAA